CUAUCUCGUCUCGUCUAUUGAUUGAAAUGGAAACUUCGGAAACGCGUAGAUUUUGCAAUGAAAAUUCGCUAAAUAUCAACAUCUAGGUAAAUAUAAAAGUGAAAAUCUAAUAAUAUGUCGUGAAUUCUAAUAAUCAUCCUUUAUCUUCUAACUAGUCUCCGAGUGUGCACAAAUAUAUUCACGAUUCUAUCGUUCGGUUUUCGGUCGGUACUCGAGCUCGAGCUCGGCUAUCGAAGUAUUGAUUGUUGGUGUUGCCUAGCCAUGACAAAAACGCUGUCAAUAUAAAAAUACAAAUAAAGAGUGAUCAAUACAAACAAGUGUUAUCUGAUAAUAAGACGGAAUGAAUCUGGACAACUCGUCAAGAGAUAAUUCGGAAGCUCUGGACACAAUUAGUAACGUUACAGUGACCCCACGAGAGAAGUGCCAUACCAUGAGAGAGAAGAAACUCUCCACUGCCUCCCUCACAACCACUGAGGGAGUGCGGCCCAAGGUGGUCACCGUGAAGCACCCGGAAUCGAACAAACCUAAACCAACUGCUAAAAAGAACAAGCCUAUUCAGGCAGACUUGGAUGUGAUCAAAGAGUUCAUCAGAUGUCGGGAGGAGGGUGUGAAGAGGCUCGACCUCAGCAAGUCAUCGAUAACGUCGCUGCCGCCCACCGUGCGCGACCUCACUCAUCUAGUGGAGUUCUAUUUGUAUGGUAAUAAGCUAGUGGCCCUUCCUAAUGAAUUUGGAUGUUUGACUAAUCUCCACCAGUUGGCAUUAAAUGAGAACUCACUGACGAGUCUACCAGAUUCCCUUGCUAACUUGAAGAGUCUCAAAGUGUUGGACCUAAGACACAAUAAGUUGAAUGACAUACCUGAAGUGGUGUUUAAGCUGACUUCACUGACAACACUGUUCCUCAGAUUCAACCGGAUCCGAGUGGUUGGAGAUGGCAUAGCCAACCUCACUAAUCUGACUAUGCUCAGCUUGAGAGAAAACAAAAUCAAAGAACUUUCCUCAGGCAUUGGAAAUCUGGUUAAUUUAGUAACAUUUGAUGUUUCCCACAACCAUUUAGAGCACCUGCCUCAAGAAAUUGGUAAUUGUGUCAAUCUGUCGACAUUGGAUUUACAGCACAAUGAUUUGUUGGAUAUACCAGAGUCCAUUGGAAAUCUGCAAGCCUUGAGUCGCUUGGGAUUGAGAUACAACAGGCUGCAAGCGAUCCCCCCCACCCUGAGCAACUGCAAGCACAUGGACGAGUUCAAUGUUGAGGGGAACUCCAUCUCAACACUGCCUGAUGGCCUCCUCGCCAGCUUAAAUGAAUUGACAAGCAUCACACUAUCUCGCAACUCAUUCAUGAGCUACCCAUCAGGAGGCCCUGCACAGUUUACUAAUGUACUAUCCAUCAAUCUAGAGCACAACCAAAUAGAUAAAAUCCCAUAUGCAAUAUUUUCAAGGGCAAAGAAUCUUACUAAACUGAACAUGAAAGAGAACUUGCUGACAUCUCUCCCUCUGGACAUUGGGACGUGGGUCAACAUGGUGGAACUUAACUUGGGAACAAAUCAGUUGACCAAGCUGCCUGAUGACAUUCAGUGUCUCACAAACCUUGAAGUAUUGAUUUUGUCAAACAACUUGCUGAGGCGCAUCCCACCCAGUAUUGGGAAUCUGAGAAAAUUAAGGGUUCUUGAUUUAGAGGAAAACAAGCUAGAAGUUUUACCAAAUGAAAUUGGAUUUUUACAUGAUUUACAGAAGCUUAUAGUUCAGUCUAACCAGCUGACUACUCUCCCGCGCUCUAUUGGUCACUUGACAAAUCUUACAUUUUUGAGUGUUGGUGAAAAUAACUUGCAGUAUUUGCCUGAGGAAAUCGGCACCCUUGAGAAUUUGGAGUCAUUGUAUUUGAAUGACAACCUCAACUUAUGUAACCUUCCAUUUGAACUAGCUCUAUGUGUAGGUUUGCAAAUAAUGAGCAUUGAGAACUGUCCCCUGACGGCCAUUCCUCCUGAAGUGGUGUCCUCGGGGCCCUCGCUGGUCAUCCAGUACUUGAAGUCUCAAGGUCCGUACAGGGCUAUGUGAUAUCAGGACAAUGACUACCGUGCUGCUAGUGAUGGCACAUAAGAAUGUUUACAGCUUUUCAUGAAAUGUAUACUCAAAGAUUGCCCCUUCUUGAUUGGGACUAUAUAUAAUUAUUUUCAUUUAUUUAUAUAAAAUAUUACAACCAUGAAAAUUAUACUUCUAUAGACAUAACAAAAUUUAAUUCUAUGAAACUGUUGAAAGUUAUAUUUAAAGUAUAAAUACUGCAAUUCUAAUGCAAGUUGUUGAUUAAGAAUUAUUCAUGAGCUUCCUGUGAAUUAUCUGCAUUUAUCUUCCUGAAGUGUUUUCUCAUUUGUGUGAUUUUAAUAUCGACUAUUUUGCAGUCUAAUGCCAUAUAAUAAUUAUUUUUCUAUAUAGAGAUUGUUCAGUAAGUAGGUACCCAAGAUGAAUAAAAUUCCGAUCUUAAAUGGAAUUAGGUAUUGGUCUUAUUUAAUUAUGCAUUUAUAAUAUGUGUUUAUGUGUAAAUGUCUAUAUUAUAAAGUUGUAUUUUUCUUGAAAUUUAAGAUAGGUUUACAAUUAAUAAGGAUUACGGACAUUGCUGUUUGAUCAAAAUCAGUAUUUAGCAUUUGAUGUAUUUUAAUACUUAUUCUUACUUCAUUUAUGAAUGUAUUUAUAUUUUGAGAAUUUUAUGCUUAUCCCUGUAAAGGAUCAGUAUAAUAAUAUUUAUAUUAAGUAUAUGACAAACUGUGACAAAUAAAGAUGUAGAUGGCUUGAAGCACACAAGACAGUGUCUUCACUAUUAAAUGUUUCCUUCUUGUUAUGUAAGCAGUUUGGUGUUAGUAUGAACUUAUCUAUUCAGUGUGGUUAAAUUAAAAUUUAAUGCAUUUAUAUUUAAUUAGGUUUAGUCAUACCUCAAUGAUUUUUAUCGUUUAGGGCAUACCCAAUUAUUUAUAGUUUUAGGUGGUAGAAGUAAAUGACCUACCUUUUGUUUUUAUUAUGUACCUAUUGGUUAAAUGCAUGCAUAUCACUGUACUUUAUUGCUGGUUGUUUAUUUAAGCAUUUAACUACUUUAAUUGUGUACUCUUUCAAUUAGCUUACCUUUAAGUAUUUUUAGAUAUACAUACGUAAUUGAAUAAAACUUUACAUCACAAUUUUCACACUGGUGCAUUUAUAAAAGAAAUAAUUAAAAUAUCUAGUCAUUUUACUUUUCGGAACGAUUAUAUUUGUAUCAAUCAAAAUGGUUAAUCCAAUAUUUUAUAUUAUAAACUAAUAGGUAAGAAAUCAAAAGUAUUUUUUCAAAUGAAAUUAAUUAAUUAAUUUAUGAAAUGACCGCUCUCUUGAAGACUUGAUGGUUUUAGUUUUCUAGACUCAUAUAGAGUGUACCUACCUAGGCUUUUUACACUGUAAUUUGCUAUAAGUAUAUACUCAUCUCUUCUCAAUGCCAAACUAAUUUUUAUUAUUUGCUACAACAGUAUAAACCCUGUAAUCCAAUGUUGUAAAACUGUUCCGGGUUUAAAACCUUCCAGAUAACUUUAGCUGUGGAGGGCUUUAGAUGUGACCGACCAUGUAGACUGCAAAGAAACCUGACCCACCUUAUAGUGACAUUGUUACUAAGAAGAGGUCAGGUUUAUUCGCACCUCACUGUACCUACUUUUGUAUAAAUAUUUCUAUCAAUGUACCUAGUAUACCUUCUCUCAGGUUUGACCUGUCUCCUCCGGUGUUGUUGUUGAUCAAUGUGUACAUUGUAUACCUACUUAAGUUUUCAUUGACAUGUUAAAUGUAUUAUUUGAAAUAAAUGAAAUACUUAGUAUAA